AUGGCCGUUGCCGUGUAUAAAAAAAACUUAGGAAUUACAACCGACAAUAUCUCCGAAAGCAGUAUGCCAAAUUGUUCAGCCGAAAAUGAGACUCCCUUUUUAUUAAAAUAUGGACCCAUAAUAAUUCGACCUAGACAACGUCCUGCACCAACCAUUGCUACUGGUAGAAGAUCAAAAACUGUACAAUUAUCUCCAAAUGAAACAGUUCGACGAGAUAUACGUCGAGUACACAAUCGUGCUGCUCAAGCAAAAGCGGCCAUUAAACGUCAACAUAUCGAAGAUACGUUGAAGGUACAUAUUGAAUUACUAGAAAAACAAUCAGAUUAUUUAGUGAGGGAUAUUAAUGCACUGGAAUCUCAAAAGUCACACUUAAUAACUCUUUUAGCAGCACAUGAACUAACUUGUGAAAAACAUAAAACUAUUCUUGAAUUUGAGAAAUAUCUAAAUAAUUGUGAUCAAUCGGAUUUUAUGGAUUUACACUUCUUUCGUACACAUGAUUACCUAACGUUAGACGAUCUAAGAAACAAUAUUUGGAAUUUCAUUAUUAGUUCAACAGAUGGUUCUCACAUGGAUACAUUGGAUAACUUUUAA